GAAAGAUCUCAGAAAGUCAACUUUGUCUGGUAUAUAAACGGCUCUGCUCUCUGUCGAGAUCCAAAUCGACUCACCGAGUUCCGGAUUUGAUCCUGAUAUGGCCGUCGGAGAGUGGCGUCGAGGCCCGACCAUCGGCCGUGGCUCCGCCGCCGCCGUCUCUGCGGCGGUGGCGUCCCCCUCCGGCAUCGUAUUUGCCGUCAAGUAUGCCGACGUGUUCGCCUCGGCUCCUCUGCAACGAGAGCAGGGGAUCCUCUCCUCCCUCCGGCACCACCCCAACAUCGUCUCCUACCUCGGCUUCGAGGUCGCCGAUGGAGUCUACAACCUCUUCCUCGAGUAUGCUUCUCUCGGUUCCCUCUCCGACCGCAUAGAGGCUCGCGGCGGCCGCCUCGAAGAGCCGGAGAUCCGCUCCUACGCCGGCGACCUCCUCCGCGGCUUGGCCCACCUCCACGCCGCCGGCGUCGCGCACCGCGACGUCAAGAGCCGGAAUGUCCUCGUCUUCGCCGGAGGCCUCGCGAAGCUCGCGGACUUCGGGUGCGCGCGGCGGACCGCAGCGCCGCCGCUUUCGGGGACGCCGAUGUACAUGGCGCCGGAGGCCGCGCGCGGGGAGGCGCAGGGCUUGCCCGCCGACGUGUGGGCGCUCGGGUGCACGGUCAUAGAAAUGGCGACCGGGCGGCCGCCGUGGCCGGACGUCGCCGACCCGGUGGCGGCUCUUCACCGCUCCGGGUUCACCGGCGACGUCCCCGAGUGCCCCGGGUGGUUGUCGGCCGAGGCGAGGGACUUCGUGGGGAAGUGCUUGAAGAGGGACGCAAAAGGGCGGUGGACGGCGGAGCAACUGCUUCAUCACCCGUUCGUGGCGAAGACGAUGAACUCGCCGGAAAACGCCUCCACCCCAACAGAUCAAAUCCGGGUAUCCCCGAAGAGCACGCUGGAGCAGAGCAUGUGGCCGGACUCCGAAGAAGAAGAGCACCACUACGACAGCCCGGAGGAGAGGCUCCGGCUUCUCGCCGGCAGCGCCUCUCCGGCGAUCAACUGGGGAAGCGACGACAACUGGAUCACAGUAAGGUCCGACGAGAUGCAAUCUCCGGCAGCGACAGCAGAAGAUGACGACGAACUCAGCGCAUCAGAAGGAACCGAACCCUCUUUCUUCGAUUCAAUUCAAGUUCCAGAUAACAGAAACGAUCCAUUUCUUGUAGAAUCGAUGACGAAUGAAAUUGUAGAACGCAGUCAAUCCCCUGUGUUCGUCGUCAACAGUGAUAGUAAAAAUUCAAUCUUUAUGUCAAGCUUGCCGCACUUGUUCCUUUUUUUGUUUUCCUAUAUAGUUAUGAAUUCUUUCAAGCGAAUAGUGAAAGCAUAUUCCGGCGAGCCAGCUAAAGAGGAAACAGAGCGUGAUUUAGGUGAUUAG